GGCAAUGCGGCGACCGGCGAAGACCCUAAGCGACCGCGAGCCUGCGAAGCAUGCCGCGGGUUGAAAGUCCGCUGCGACCAAGACCCAGCCCAUCCAGAACUACCAUGCCGACGAUGCGCAAAGGCAGGCCGACAGUGCAUCAUCACUGCUCCCAGUAGGAAGCGGCAGAAGAAAGCAGAUAGCAGGGUGGCUGAGCUCGAGAAGAAGCUCGAUGCUUUGACGGCAGUCUUACAGCAGCAACAGCAAGCUGGUCAGAGCCAACAGCCUCAGUAUGGACCGCCUUACGCGAAUGCUGCGCCAACUGCACAAAUGGCACAGCAAUAUGCGCAGCAAUAUGGGCCGCCGGGUGGCUCCGCUCCAAGUCCGAUGCAACCCUCGGCCGCUUCUAUGCAGCCGCCUCAGAAGCGUAGACGUACGGAGGAGGAUACGCAACAGACCCCAUCUCUGGAUGGAUAUCGCGAGCAGAAUACUGCUGACAGCUCGCGAUAUCAAGGCAAAGCAGAUGCGAACAAGCUCCCGCAAACUCAAGAUUCCUGGGGCCCAAAUGCUGACAUGAUGCGCUACCUCACACACAGGUCGCCGGAAGAAUUCAUGAAUCGGAUCAAUUCUCUCGUCAACCCGGACGUAGGAGUGUCCAUCUUCAACCGCUACGUUACCAAGAUGUCGCCACAUAUGCCGGCGGUUGUCUUCCCACCGGGCACAACAGCCGAGCAGGUGUGGAAAGAGAAGCCCAUUCUCUAUGUGUGCAUCCUCUCGGCUGGUUCUUCAGGCAUAUUGCACCCAGAUACAUGCAAGCAGCUGUCACGCGAGACUAUACGAGCUUUGGCAGAUUGUGUCGUCUGCAACGGCGCGAAAUCUCUGGAACUUAUCCAAGCGAUGCAAGUCGUUGCGUUAUGGUAUAAGCCACCAGAGAAGGCGGAGCAAACGAACUUCUACCAAAUCAUCCAUAUGGCAGCAGUCAUGGCCAUCGAUAUAGGCCUGGGCAAGCGAUUCAAUGCAUCCAAAGCCAGGCGAGGUUUUGGCGGCCCUCAUUCUGAUUACGCUCCUGGUCCACACCUUAUGCUCCCGAUCAACUCGGACACGAUCGAAGCACGCCGCGCUUGGCUCGGCUGUUACUACCUCUGCGCAAGCGCUUCAAUGGUGCUCCGCCGGCCCAAUCUCGUGCACUGGACCAAAUACAUGCAAGAAUGUGUUGACAUUCUGGAAACCAGCUCGGAAGCCAUGCCGUCUGACAAGCUCUUCUGCCAGCACAUCAAGAUCCAGCACAUAUGCGAAGAAGUUAGUGUGCAGUUCUUGAUGGACGAUAGCACAGCCAGUAUCAGCAUAACCGAUCCGAAGGUCACAUACACCCUCAACGUGCUCGAGAACGACCUCAAGAAGUGGAGCGAGAACAUCCCGACAGAGCUCAAGUCGCACUCGGGCUUGAGAUUUUUCGAGCAUGUUGCAAGCUUGUAUUUGCACGAGAUCGCCCUGCAUUUCAACCACAAUAUCGACGACUUCCGCCUACCGUUUACUGAGGAGUCGCUCAAGUCUGUCAACAACAGCACCGAGAAGCUCACGCAAAACCAAAUUGCAGCACUCGAGGCCUGCCGAAACGCUGCUCACGGAUUGCUGAACCAUAUGCUCAGCUUCGACGUCGAUACAGUCAAGGUGCUACCAAUGCUGAUAUUCUUCGUCCGCUGCACGUAUGCGAUUGUCAUCUUGAUCAAGAUGCAUGUUGCUAUCACGACACCAGGCAGCGAGAUCUCGAAGAUGAUGACUACCGACGAUAUCAACGCCGAUUACUAUCUCGAUGGACUUCUGAAUAUGUUCAGUCACGUGGCCGGCGAGGAAGAAUUUCGACCCCACCCGAAGAUCUUGCGCAUCCUGUCUGUGCUCAAAGACUGGUUCAAGAGACACAAAGAGAAUGUAGCUGCUCAGUCACGGGGCGAGCAGCUACCACAUCCGCCGACCUCAAACCAACAGGAGGCUCAGAAUGGCGUCAAUAGCGGGCAGUAUAGUCAGACCCCACUUCACAUGCUGUCACAGGUCGCCACUGCCAAUCAGCCCCCUCAGCAGCAAGGACAGAAUUCAGCACAAGGAGAGUGGACCUUCAAUACGCCGUUCCCCGUCGAGUAUGGGCGCACUCCCCACCCAGAUCAUCCUGACAGCCGCUUUCCGAUUAACGCACAGCAGCAGCAAUCCAGCACGUACCCCCCGACGCCGGAUCCCGGUGCUGAUGGAUUUGAUCCAGCGACGAAUCCCUGGCUCUGGGGUUCCAACUUCCAACAAGCCAUGAAUCUCAAUCUGGCAGCAAUGGAGGGUAUCAGUGGUGGUGGUAUGGAUGGCUUGUUCCUGGGAGAUGGAUUUGGCUUCAAUGUAGAAUUUCAAUAGGCUUAGGAACGGUCCAAGAUAUUAUCACAUCGCGGACUACACAUAAAAGCUAAUAGACGUGCAUUUCACGGUCUCUC